AAAUGCCGAUCGAAUCCUCCACUUCAACGGAAUCAACCUCGAUUUGUUGGUGCUGUUUUUUGGGAGCGCUCUCUGAACACUUUUAUCCGAAAGUCUAUGGUGGUUUUUCGAGAGGUUGUUCGAAGUGAUAAAGAAAUGAGUCCAUUCACGGCCCAAAGAGAGCGGUACCAUGCAGUAACCAAAAUUGGAGGCGGAGGUGACGCAAGUCAGCACGAAGAAGUAAUGGAAAAACGGACCGCAUUAAGUCACUAUCUGCAGCUGGUUACCAAUCUCAAAGAUUACGAAAAAGACAAUUUCCAGGAAUAUUCAGCCUUUGCAACCCGAACCGUCAAUUCCGUUCUCAGAAGAAACAUUUUAAAGUUGGAAUUUUGUGAACCCAUUUUUGAGCUGGAACAGAAUAAGCGCAGCGCACGAAUGAAAAAACAACAGAUGGAUAAAAAACCAAGGCGUCCCUCGGCUUUGAUGGCUGGAGCUGAUAGCAACAAGUACGUUAACAUUGCAACGGCCGUCCGAUGGAUCGUCCAGCGCCCGGAUUCGGUAAAUCCCGAACUAAGUUUGGCCCAAAAACUUGUUCAAGCGUCGAAAAACACCUCGCUCAGUGGAUCCGCUUCCGGAAUUCAAACUCCUGCCGCUGAAUUCAAAAUUAAACAGGCACACUUGAUGGUGUCAGCAGUAACCCAGAAGUCGCUUCCAACUUGGCGAGAGGUGAUCGGAGACUCGGUCCUCAUCGAGUUUAAGCUGAAGUUUGGUGUAAAUUUUUCCUACGACGUUUUCGAUGUCAUCAGCGAAGGUCAGCAGUUUGAAUAUUUGGGAUUCACCCUGGGAGCAGCAGUUAGAACGGCCAUUAUGCGAAAGGACCAACUAUUUAGGGAUGUGGAGCACGUUACGAAAAUGGUGACCGGCUAUAACGAUAUCGUACUCAGACUGACAGCACCAGAGAUUCACUUUCUCCGCAUUCACCUGUACGAGGUGGAAACAAUUAUUCAAGCUGGAUUAGGGCGCUUCACCUGGCAGUCAUUCAACAUAGCGGAGUUCUGCAACCGAUGUCAGCAGCACAUGAAAGGUCUCUCCUCGAUGGUGGCUCAGAUUGGGCACAUUACCAACGAUAUCAAGUGUUGCAUCGAUAAGCUAGAAUCGUUCGCUAUGUUCGAGAUUGAUGAAGAUGAUGCCCACCGAAAGGCCAAGGAACGUUCGGCCGCAUCGGAAGUCGUUCUGAAAGCGCCUACCUUGGCGAAGCGAUCAUCGAUGGGAGGUGACGAUGGAGCUGCAGGAGGCAGCGGGGGAGAAUCUAAUGACAUCGACGAAGCGGAAGAAGGUGGUGCGGGUGCGAAACAGAAGAAACUGAGACGAGUCACUAUCCGCGAGGAGGAUGCAGUGAAGCCCUGUCGGGAGUACUUUGCCGCCUUGGAAGUGGAUAGGAACAGCAAGACUGGCAAAUUGAGGAAACUUUAUGAUUCGAUAGGACCCAUACUGAUUAAAUUAGAAAGUUUGGUCCUCGGUACGUUUACAGGCGAGUGCGAACAGAUGAAGUACUACUACAAUUACUGGGAGAAGCAAGUAUUUUCCUGUUUCACCAGAUUUGCUACCAGGAACCUGGAAAAGUUUAUGUUUGAUCUGCAGCAGGAAACCCCCCUUUUCGAGGUGGAUGCAGUGCUGGCUGUGCCUGAUAUCCUAAUGAAACCGUCCGCAUCCGAAGUCUACAGCACCGUGAUUAACUCGGUUACGGAUUUUCUGCAGCGGUUGAAAUGCUUUCGCCGUUGGAUGAAAGAAACGUGCCUUCCCUGUCCGGACAGCGUCAGCAAGACCGACGGAACCAGAACCGAACCUUACACCUUCACCUUCUUCGAGGAUGUCGUUCAGAUUCCGAGAGUGGGGGAGCUGGUUAUAAACUUGCAGCAAACUAUCCAAAAUUUAGUGGCCGAUGUUCUGGUGUAUUUAAAACGCUGGCGGAAGUACAAAAACCUGUGGACGUUCGAGAAGCUGAGUGUAUGUGAAAAGUUUCUAUCGCAGAAUCUUACCCUGGUACGGUUAGACGAAAAGUUCAUCUUUUAUACCCAAAUCGUGAAUGACUUGGAACGUCAUUCGGCACAUCACGACAUCAAAUCGGUGCGAAUCAAUUUGCAACCGCUGAUUAGAGCUAUCAUCGACCAUGCCGUUGAAUGGAGAAAUACUUUGGGACACAUCUUAGCAAAUAGGACUCGACAGCGAAUGGUGGAACUGAAUGAUCACAUGCAGCAUCUUCGAACGGAGCUGGAUCGUAAUGUAAAAGAGCUGUCCAAUUUUAAAAGCGUUAUGCACACAAUCAACGUUAUACAAACUACCACUCUAACUGUAGAAUUGAAAAUACACGAGAUGCAAGAAAUUUACAGCAUCCUCCAGGAGCAUCGAAUAAAGUAUGAAGGUUGGCUUAAUGAUAUCACCUACAAACCUGAUUUUGCUUUUAGUAUCCUAUUAUAA